AUCUGAAACUCUUUCAUAAAAAUGGGUAUUAACAAUGUCAUGUUGAUAGUCGGAAUAGUAUGUUUGUCAAUGACAAUAAUGCCCUUAUUCGCGCAAGAAAUGGUUAGUCCAACCCCUUCUUUGCCAGGCUUACCAGAACAACCAGAGUGCCUAGCGAAUAUAGGAAAAUGCGUGGCUAAAGAAAAUGCGCACGUAACAGAUCCAACUACCAAGCUAGACUACUCAAAGUGUUGUUCAGUGAUCGAAACUGGAGUAGCCAAUGCAACAUGUUUUUGUACUAUCGAGGGUCUUUAUAAGAAUCUUACUCGUGAUCUUACUGCUGAUCUUAAAAAUAUGUCUACUACUCUUAAUGUUACUUACAAACCACCCGCCAUUCCUCCUUUCUCCCAAAUCGAGCUUGAAUAUAACAAGAUUUUUGCUGAUUGUAGUAUUGACACCACUUUCGCCAAAUUGUGCCAUGAUUCUGAGAGUGAGGUGGGGAACAUGUCCGAAAAUGGUGCCAAUAAGAUUAUAUCAGUUAUUGGAUUGAUUCCCGGCGCACUUUUUGUUUGGACGAUGAUCAUGUCUUAAUUAGGGAUAUCAUAAUACAGUAUUAUAUUGUAAUUUGGACUUUUGGAAUGUAUCACUAUUUUUCGUUUGUCGAUUGUGUUGUUGAUUUAUAAUUGUAUAAGGGAUCAAAAUUUGAAAUAAUGAGAGAUAUUUUUUCCAUCGGAA